AGCUCCCGCCCCGCUGCCCGGAGCCGGGGUCUCCUUCCGUCUCCCGUCGGGGCCGGCAGUCGGGGCUGCGGACGAGUCGCCCGCCGCGUUUGGAGCCAGGACCAGUGAAGGGCUCCUGUUCCUCCAGUGAGCACUCCACAUCUGUCUGAAGAGACACACAAGAUUGCUGAAUCAUUUUUCAGAAAACACCCAGUGUAACAUUAGCAGCCUGAAAGUUUUACCUUGGAUGCAAAAGCCUAUUUUCUCCACUAAGAUUCCUGCAUCACUGCUAGAUAUGAGUGAUACUUCACAUUCUCAAAUUUGAAAUCAGAAGAGUCUUAAAAUCUAAAAGAGUCGCUGAAGGACAGUCAUGAGCCUUGGGUGAUCUGGGAGAAAUGGCGUGAAACAUUCUAUGGAGAAACUGUCUACCACCCUGCACAAGCAUUUUGGAUUUUCCUGAAGAAAAAGAAAACAAGAAAAGAUGGACUGGAAUGUAAGGCCAGUCCAGAAUGCUGAUGCAAAUACAAACCUGCAGAGUAAAGGAGCAUGUUUCACUCAGUUACUUCCUAAUGGGCAUUCCUUUCCUCAGACAAAUGCCAACUCCUCUAAAAAUGCAUGCACUUAUGCUGAAAAUAACCAAGUUGUGUAUGUGCCAGCUAUCAAUGUUGCCUUCCCUGCUGUAAAUGCUGAAGGAUUCAAAACUUCAGAUCAAGCUUCCCCAGGAGCAUCUGUAACCGGUAAUAAUUUUUUUAUGUCAAAAUACUCAGUUAAACGACAUGAACAGAUGUACGUAACAGCUCUAAAACCUCCCAUUCAGAAUUCACCUUUGCGGCCAGAGAUGACUCCGACUUCUUGGCCAGUCUCUAAUCCCUACAGUUAUCCCUGCAGAAAUUUACCCCCCCAGCCCUCUCAAAUGAACGCAGGGAAUAACGUAAGGAACGUGCUUGGGGAGCCUCAGUACGCCAAUACCAGCGCCUAUACUGCGCAGACAGAAAUGCUGCAGCAUAAUUCUAUGAGACUUGCAACACUACAACAAGGUGGCAUUCAUCCCCAGAAUAAUUCUUUUCCUCUUGGUACUCCUGGGCAACAUGUCCAACCCCAUAUAUUUAAUUCCAGUGCUCAACAGGGUAAGGCUUCGUAUUCAAUAAAUCAAAACACUGGGACAAAUGUACAGCUGCCACAAUUUCAGCAGAGUCAGAUGACAUCAGAAGCUCCUAGAGGAUGUUCUGCACCAUCUUUGUUGCCUGCCAACUGUGUUUCAAGACCUGCAGCACAGUCUUCAAUGGGUGUACCACAGGAAGUGCAAAGCGUACCUAAUGGAUACAACAUUAACCAGCAGAGGUGCCCACUGGAUCCAAGAAAUGCUCCUGGGUUUAACAGUAUUCAGCAACACUGUCAGAAGCAGCAAUCUGGAGAAGUCAGCCAGUCAGUCAGGAAUGUCUGUAAUCCAGGUGGAAGUGUGACAGCAAAUCCAUCCUUUAAUGAAAGCUCUGUGCCCUCCCCUGGCAUUCCCAAAGCACUGCUUGAUGUUGUGAAAGAAAUAGAAGCUCUUUCUUCAAAGCCACUGAGUGAUCCUGCUUCAGUUCCAGAGAGCCAGACUAGUAGUUUGAUGAAUGGGCCUGUAAAUGCUCAGAUUUCUCCAGCGACACAUGGAAUGGGAAUUACAAAGGAGAGACUAGCUUGGGAAGCUGAGAAGCUGAACUGCCUUAAAAAAAAGGUUGUCCUGCUUGAAACGGUUCAUAAUUAUAAAAAAAAGAUCUAUCAUCACAAAAAUACUCUCCCUCCUCCUCCUCCUAGUUAUCCAUGUUCUUCUGCUAAUUGUCUUCCGUGCACGCCCAAACAAAAUGUACCACUUUCCCCAUCUGAAGCAGUGAGGACAGAGAGGGCCAUGGUCAAGGUUUCACAUGAAGAAAGAAAGGACAAAAAUCUAGCCAGUGCUGAUAACCGAAGAUUGGAGGUGAGUCAAAGUAACCCUCAGGUAGAGCAGGGAGGCCUUUCUUCAAGCUUCACUCCUAUUCCCCCUCAGAGCAAAGUCCCAGCUCAAUUUAAUAAUCCUGAGAGCUCCUUGGAGCAAAGGGAUGUGCAUGUGUUGGCCUCUUCUCAAGGAGCUGUGACUUCCUCGAACAAUGCUUCAUGUUUUACUCAAGCAGGGAGCUCUGUCAAGAGUUCAUCAAAGAGUUUGCAAAUUGGCCCUGAGAACUCAUCCUUUCUUCAGUUUGUAUUGAGCAGCACAAAUGUACUGAAAGAGAAGACAGCUGGUGCUACCGCUGAUAAAAUACUGACAACUCUACUGUGUAAUGACAAACCACUGCUCGAUACAUCUGCCUCGGGUGGAAGCUUGCUAAAAGACUCUAGUGAGAAGAACGGAAAAAGUCUGAAAGGUGAGCAGGCAUCUGUGGCUCACACGAACUCUCCUGCAUCAGAAACAACUGCAUCUGGUGAUGCUAAAUUCCAGACUGAGGUAGCUCAGAAAAAAGCGCCAUUUACUGAGAAUGCAUCCUGUAAUCAGAGCAAUUGUAGUUACUCUGUGGAAGAGCUGGCUGCAUGCCUGCGCUUGUGGGAGAAUUAUCCGUCAGAAUCUGUAAGUGUGCAAAAUAAACAGUCAAAUGAAAGCACCACAGCAAAUCAGGUUUCACCCUCCAAUGAAAACACAACGAAGAGAGAGAACAAAAAUGUUUUAACUACCAUGGACGAGGCCGUUUUGCCUGUAACAACUACCUCUGUGGGACAAAAACUUGAUACAUUGACUUCCAAUUUGAUAAAAAAUUUUGAACCUCAAGUUGCAGUUGUCUCUCCUUUAGUACUUUGUGAACAAAGAACACUAAGUGAGCAGGCAGGCAAGAUCCCAACACCUGAAGGUAAAACCUAUGCAGCGAUCAACUCGGGGAGCAAAAGUAGCUUGCAAGAAGAAGGGAAAAGUCAUAUAAGUGUGGUAAAUACUGCCAAAGGAACAGUAGAAAAUGCUUGGUCAUCAGCCAGUGAUUGUGUUCUGGAACAGAAAGUGGACUCAGAUUUGCAACAGAUCAAAUUAGGUGAUGAAAACCAAAGGAAAAUUAGUAAAUCUGCCCAAGAUGCAAGAAAAAAUCUGCAGCUUGGAUUACAGAACAAGGCUACUCUUCCUGAAUCAGGCACAAAUUUUUGUAGUCAAACCUCUCAAGAAGGUAUAAGAGACCAUGAAGACAAACAAACUGUGUUAGAGGCAGGAGAUACAUCCAAAGCUGUGCUGGAAAAUGACAUGUUUUGUAUUUCUAGUGUAUGCUCUCUUGUUGAAGGUGAUAAAUUUUAUAACCCACAAAUAGCAGGCAUGUUCAAGUCAGUCUAUGAGACACAUGCAUCAGAAGGAAAUGCAUCAAGCCAAAAGGAGCAACAUCCGGACUUUCAUAAAACUGAGCUGAGCAAUAACACUUCCCAAAGAGAGAGCUUGCUGCUAAAGAUGUUGGAAGAAUCAUCAAGUCAUUUGGAGAAGGAAAGCAGUGGCAAUCCUCCUAAAGCAGUUUCUACCUCUGAACAAAACACAUCAUUCAAGGCAUCUUUCAAGCAUCCUGAAAAUUACUUAGAAAGUCUUGCUAAUUUAAAUCUGAAGUUAGCUCAAAAUUCACUAGAUUCCUCUAUCAGCAUAGCUGCUAAAAGAAAUGCACCUGCUGUUCCAGAAGACCACAGUAAACAAAAUUCCAUGCCCAGUAAAAAUAGCAUGGAAAAGGAGGUAAAUUUUUAUGGAACACAACCUAGUGGAUAUCUGAAAGAUCAGCUGCUUGCUCUAGUGAAAGAGUUUCCAUAUGGCAUUGAAGGUGCUGAUAUGCUAGCAAAAGAAGCAGCACAAAAUCAUUCUGUGGCUGAACGGACAGAGAAUCAGUCUCAAAAAGAGGUUAAAAUUUGUGACAAGAAUUCUCAUUUGAAGGAGCCAGUACAUCAGACUAAAAUUUCAGUGUUAAGCUCUGAUCCUGUUCAGGAACUGUCUUCUGGACCCAGCCAGUGUCCCUAUAGUGACAGCAAGAGAGAAGUGAGUCAGCAGUCAGAAAAGGCUUCAGCUGACAAGGACAACCUUGAAGGCAGUGUCCAGCCUAGUCAGAAUCUAUGUGAGCAGGAAAAAGCUCCACAAGAAACGUCUAACCCCAGUGAAAAAAGUGAAGAUUGCUCUUUAACAGGUGGUGUAUCUGUAGCAUGUAAAACACUGCACUGUCCCUCUCAAUUAGAAACUCGUGGUUCAGAGAAAAAUGAUUGUCAGCUUUCUAAAGCUGAAAACAAUGUCUCUGCAGAGACAGAAGAAAACAACAGUGAAUCUGAUGCCUUGAAAAAGAAAAACUGUGAAGUGGGAGACCUGACAAUUUCUGAAAAAAUCACAGACAGUAUAAGCAAAAAUAAAGAUAUUUCCAAGUACACUUCAGCAAUGAACAAAAAACCUAGGCUUAAGGUGGAUAAUGAAUACGAACUGCCUUCAGCGCAGCAGGAAAACACUGGACCAGUCAAUUCCUUUGAAAACCAGGAUAAAUACAAAAGCAGCAGUGGGAAGGAACAUCUGCAGGUUGACAAAGGAACCCAAGUGUCAAGUAAAGAAUUUCAUUCUGAUGAAAAAGAGCACCAGACAGCCUCUCAAGAGUUAUCAGAGAAAACUGAUCAUACACAUGCAGACAGCAUGGCAAAGUUGUCCAUAAAGAAGGAGAGAGUUUUCAAAACUGAGCCCCUUCCAAACGAUAUAACCAAACCAGGUUUGACCAUGGAAUCCAAAACAGACAUCUUUGUCAGUGAAGCAAAGUCAGAAACUGUUGAAAUUAAGCACUCUGAAGUCAGCCAAGGACAAAAAAUUCAAACUUGUGAAGAGAACUCAGCUGAAGAACAAAACUGUAGGAAACAAAAGGAGAUGCUUAGGCAAGACGCAGAAAUUAGUGUCAAAGAGCAAGUGAAAUCACCAGCAGAAAUAAAACAUAAUCUGAGUAGUUACCAAGCUGAUGCUGUAAAAUUCUCAGAUAGUAGCACUGUAGACUUUAAAUCAAGACACACAAAAUACUCUCAGCAUAAAUCUGUGAAAGUUCAUCCUUUGCAGGAGCAGCCAUACAAACGGAAGAUGAAGGAAAAUAUGGCUGGGAAGAGAGAACUUAAGAAAGCAAAGCUAGAAGAGGGAGGACUGAAAAAAUCUGAAGCAAAGAGUUCUAAGCAGCUUGCACACAAUUGCAUGCUAAAUGCUGACAAAGCUAAAAAACUGAAUGGAGAAAGUGGUUGGAAACCAAGGAGUUCCUUAGAUUGCUCUGUGCUUAAACUGCAGAGAAAAAGGGCUCGAUCUUCUAGCAUUUCUAAAAACUACUUUUCUAGCAAAGAAAGACAUCUUGAUGGUCAAAACAAAGACAGGUGCUCUGAGAAAAUGUUUCCUGAUAAAAAUUUCCUAUACCUAAACAGAAGAAAUAACCGACUGAAACAGCACCUUCAAAAGGAGCCCAAAAAACACUACCUGAACAGAGUGGCGUUUAAACGUACAGCGCAGGAGCGCAUCUAUCUGACAAAACUAGAAACAUCACCUGUCAGACCUGUCUGGCAUAAAACCACCAAAGUGUCACAAAGCAGCAUCUCAAAAAGAGAUGUGGCUGUCUCAACAGCUGAGAAAUCAUGCAAACAGGAAGUCCUUGAGUUCAAGCUGUGUCCAGAGAUACUGUUCAGAAAUCCAGCCCCUGGAGAAGAAGGCUUAGCUGAAAAGAAUUCUCCAGAAAGAGAUAAAGUUGUUGUAGAAGGUGUUAAAAGUAAAAAAGAAGAUUGGUUAAAAUGUGAACCAGUGAAGCAAAAGAAGUUGGAAGAGGUCUCUACAGUGCAUCAGUCACAGCAACACAGCUGGGCCAAGCUUGGUAUCGCACAUACCAAGUGGUUUGUAGGCAGGAACAGAAUGUGACCCUUUAACAGAAGAAAAUGCCAUGGUGUAAAAUCUCUUGGUACUUAUGGAUUAAGAAUUACUGUGGUAAGUACUUCCUGAAUGUGCAAGUGCUUAAUUUGGGUACUUGGACAAAAAAAAAAAAAAAAAAGCCUUGCACUGUGAUGCGGUAUAAAAUUACAAAUACUUGACUGCACAAUGCUGCCAAAACCAUUUGUCAUUGGCUAGCAGAACAAAGAGUUAAAUAAGAAACUGGGAAAAAUCCCGAUUUUGAAAGAAAUAUCUCAUUUUGCGUCUUCUUCUCAGACAAAAUGAUUCAUAUUAAAUAUACAUCAGAUCUUUAUACAAGUUUUAGUCACUUUUUAAAAUACAAAUAUGAAGUGUUUUCUCCUCAAGUUUUUGUUCUGGAAGUGCUGAAAAUUUGCAUCAAACCAAAGCAGCUUGGCAUUGAGCAAGGGAAACACAGCAUGCUCUAACUUCUCAUGAAACUACAGGAACACAGACCAAAUUUUGGUUUUAAGUAAGGUAUUGCAGCCCCACUUGGAGUCAAUUUGUUGUGACUGCUAACAGAACUUGAUUCUAUAACCAGUGAGCAUUGCUGCACUUUACAAUAAUCACACAAAAAACUUCAUAGGACCAAGUCAUAUUAUCUGAAAAAUAGUUCUUAAUUUUAAAAAUACUUUAGAGUGAUUUGUCACGUGCAGAUUUUCUAGGAUGGUGCAUUGCAUCUUGGAUGUUGCUUUUGAAUAACCUGAUGCUCACUAUAAAGCAGAAUUCUUUGGUCAGGGACAUUUUCCAUAACACUAUGAAAAUCCUGCUCCCACAAUGAAACAUUCAUGUUUUUAAAAUGAUGAAUGCAGUGAAUUGUGCCAGGGAAACCAAGACAUUAAGAAAGGAAGGAGAUUUACACACUGAUUUGUAUCAUACAAGCCAGUGCAACCAGCAGUUGCAGUUAAUUGUAGAAGUGCUCAGAAUGAAACAUUUUUGGUAACUUGGAAGACCCUUGAACUUCAAUUUCAGUAUAUUCUGCAUUGAUUACCACAAAGAUAAUAUUUCAAUUAUUCUAAUUGUAAGCAGAAAGUUUUCUUAGUGGAACAUUUGGAUUCUGCAAAAGCUGUUUUUAUAUUAGGAAAGGAGCCAACUGUUUAAUGCCAAAAAGACUUUUAAUCAACUGUUCAGUACAGGGUCCAUAUGGCAGAAAAUAAGACCUGUAGUCUUUGAUCUUAUUUGGGUCCCAUCAGCAAGAAGGAAAUACAUGAUCAAGAGUACUCUGAACUGUAAUUAAAUGUUGUCCUUCUGUUGGCCCAGUUAUCAAAAUCUACUUCUUCAUGUGAGCUGGAAAAAAUGGAAGCACAGUUAGUAUGACAAAGUGAUGCAUCUGUGUUUGGAAACCAGCAUGUAGUAACUGUGCUACUCUAAUUGGCCUAAAAAUAGACAGAAGUGCAUUAAUUGCCACUUUGAUGGUGCUUGAUGAAAAAUGCAUACCUGCAAAAGCAGAAAGGGUCAUAAUGAAUUACUUUUAACUGGAACCUUAGAUCUUUGGGUAUUGCUCUAGUAUUUUCUGUGAAGCAAAUAAACAAAGAUCUAGUUAAAAUAAUCUGAAUAACGUUGUCUCCUAUCUGAGGAGCAGGUAACAAUCCUUGCAUUACCUGGCAGGGUGGGGAAGUCCUUGAGGAAAGCCAUGUGAUAGAAGAAGGCAGGGGUUUUUUUAAAAAAGGAGUUGUUUGAUGACCAAUUUCUGGAGAGAGUAGGAAGGUGGAGAUCUGGCCUGGAAGUGGGUGGAACAAAGCUAAAGCUGCCUGCCCAGGAGCUGAAGACUGGGAAGGGUGGAAUGUUGAAAAACGCUGAGGAACGGAAUUGCUUGGAGGCCUUGCUGUUAGCAAGCCUUAGCUUUUUGUAAUUUCCUGAUCAGGUUUUAGAGUAAAUCUGGUAUUUACAUACUCUUCUUAAGGCUCUGUGAGGAACUUGCUCCAUCACAUCCCCCAUGAACAAGAAAACCAGACCCAGCCUGUGCUCACAGCCUGGGGCACCCUUGGGCUGUGCAGAAGCUGCAGGUAAGAUACGGAUGAGCCAGGAGUUGUUUUCUGGGUCAGGCAAAUGAAAUACAUCAAACUGGUGGCUGCAGAGCACUUAUUUGGCUUAGGAACUGAGAGCCCUGCAUCUGAAGGAUGCAGCACUCCUGAACAGCCACCCCAUCAGUACAAGACACAAGAAAAGGGAAGUCUGGGAUCAGCACUAUAGCUUUUGCACAUGAAGCUUACCCAGGGCUUUACCAAUUGGAUUAAUGUUUAUUAGUUCUGGUAAGAAUUAGUGGGGUAGAUGACAAAUGGAGGAAGAGACAGAAGAUGGCAUUGAACUAUUAAAAUCUGCAAAUCAUUAUAUGACUGCCUGUUCUGGAUUUAAAUGUGUUAAUAUAAAUUAAUUAUGAACUUGAAAUCAAAGGGAAAAGUGGAGUAUUUAUGGAAGGGGUACGAAGUAGCAUAAUCUAAAAAUAAAGUAGUUUGGGCUGAAUAAGAGAAAAAAUGGGGCCAAAAAACUUCCAGUCUUCUAUCUCGAGCUUCCAUGUGUUGAUGAUAAUUUGUCUGAGUUUGUUCUCCAGUGCUGCAGAAUAUUAUGAGAUCAAAAAGGCUGACCCAUAUGGAAAUUUCUGUUGGAAAAUAAAAGCUGUUCCUGCUGCUUUUCUGACACAAGUGAGGUCUGAUAACAAUGCAAAUCGCAAGGGUAUAGAAAAAUGCAGCUGAAAAAAAUGCUUUUAGAAGAACUUCUUCCUUUUCCAACGAGUCUUUCAAAUAUACAUACACACUUCUCUCUGGGCACAGCAGGAUACAGGUCUUUGGGGGCAAGAAAAUCCCAGGAAAAAUUGCUGAUGGAAUUUAUUAGGAUUCCCUCUUAAAUAAAAAGGUAUACAUGACCCAUCCCCCCCAAGAAAAGAAAUCUGGAACAUUCCAGUUGAAAUAUGCCAAAAGAAACCCAAAUAAAAUAUCUACCCCUAUGCCUGAGUUUUAGACUCUGACAAGAUUUAAAGAUACACAGACAUUAAAUGGAAGUAAAGCUGUCCUCUGUACCUGGGCCAAUUAACUUUAUGUUGCACUGUAUUGAGGCACUACUUGGAUCUUCAUACCUGGUAAUGUGAUUUAAAUUUCAGUAAGAUGUGUAAUACCAAAAAUUACAAAUAAUCACCACCUUUAAACAAAAACAUUCUAAAGUUGCAAGACUCAGUGAUAUAAAUAUAUAAAGAAUAUAUAAAAAUAUAAAGAAUAUAUAAAGAUAUAAAGAAUCUCUAAUAUGUACCUGAAUAAUCUGCAAUAAUUUUUAGGUUGAAAUAAUUGUCCUGUGAAUGGAGAUGAGCAUUAUCAUCUUUCCUGGGCAUGUGUAAUUUGAAGAGUCUUUUCUGAAAAUCUGUUAAAGAGGCACUGAGGUAACCAGUGCCUCUAUAGCCAGUAAAACCAGUUUGUUAUUGUAGCUGAAGAAACAAAUUUCUCUUCCAGCAAUACUAAUUUCUUACAGUACCUAUCUGUCAAGAUGGUUCUAGUAAUUAUAGUCCCUUAUCAGCAUGGAAAUCAGGUCUCUUGUUGAUCAAAUUCCUAAUAUAUCUUUGGCACUGGCUGGGAUGUGAGCUGGAAGGAAAUUAAAUGCUGAUGCUUAAGGCAAUACUUUGAUUUAAGCCUGUAUUAAAUUUCUUGGCAUUACCUUUAGAAACAAUGUGAAGAAAAUGACUGGUGUACAUGAGUGCUCCAUUCUUUAGUCUUCUUAUUUCUGUGCGUUUCCUUAGUUUAUAUUAUUUUACUACCAAAGUCUGAGUUCAGUCAGCUUUUGGGGAAAAAAAAACCUAAAAAAAAGUCUAAUUCUUCCUCCUACCCCUGAUGAAGGAGAAAAGUGACAGAUAUUAAAAUGUCAUCAUUUUGCCCUAUGGACUCCUUGUGAAAUUUAAUCCUGCACAUGAAAACAAUGCUGCAAACAAUGGAAAAGCUCACAAUUUCACUGGAGAGCAGAUACCAACCUCACAGGAGGCCUAAUUCAUUGUGUUCUCUAUUUUUCCCUCAUUUGUAUAAAUUUUGAUUGUUGUCAUGUCUCCACUCCUCCAAAUUUAAAAGUCUGGGCUUCCUUUAAGAUUCAAGAUACCUAGAUUUUCUUUAAGGGAAAAGUAGCAUUAUUUUUGCAUGUUUGAUGUUCUCAUGGAAACAAUUAGUAUCAGUUACUCUAAUAUGAUUUCCCAUUUCUGAGUACCUAGUUUUUGUAAAUAGUCAUUCUGAUGAAAUACAAGACAAACAGCUGAAAUAUAUAUAUAUAUAUACCCCAUCUGAUGUGUUGUCUUUCUACUACAGCCACUGGUAGUAAAGAACAAGUCAUAAACCAAAUCUUGGAUUAAUAUUUUUUCCAAGAUACAUCUCCAAUUUCCAGCAAUUUUUAGUUUAAAAGCUUUCUCAUCUAGAAAUUGUAUCUACAUAAUGUUGUCUAACUGUCCUUGACAGACCUUUCCUCUAGGAACCCAUCUAGUAACUUUCAGAAUUUAUUUAUUCUUUGGGUAUCCAAACAAAUCAGGAUGCUAUAAAAUAACAGGAUGUUAUGUCCUGCACUACAAUUAGGCACUACAUGUGCAAGUGGUUUUUUUUUAUUAUUAUUGUCUAUGACCUUCUGCUUGAUGAUUUCAUUGAGUGCCCUAUAAUUCUAAUCUCAUGAAAAAUAAUGACUAAUCAUUCCCUCGUUACCUGCUUGAGUCAGUUGUGUUUUUCUAGACCUCUAUCGUAUCCUCAGUUCAUCUCUUUUUCAAAAUGAGGAAACCAAAUCUUUUUGCUUUCUUUUACAGCAGAGAUGGGUCAGAAAUAAUUUGACAAAUACAAUCUGACAAAAACAAUCUGAC